AUGGCUGUGCGAACUACGUCCAGUUCACCCCCACCUUGUGUGCUGCCGGUGGUGGCUGUGGUGGCGCUGAUGCUGCUGCAGUGCCUGGGCACAGCGAUGGCUGCGUCCUCGUCAGGCUGGGUCGAUCUGCGGUUCAACGCAAGCUUCCCGCUGUACAUGCACACGGAGGAUUCGGCCAACUGCAAGCUCAUGACCGCGCUAGUGCUGGAGCACAUGCACGACACGCUCGGCCUCAAGUACGAGCUCUUCUCUGCCGUCUCCUGCCACGCAGCACCCACCUUCUCGUCGACAGUACCGCCACACACAGGCGCAGACGCGCCUCCCUCCAGUGCUCCGAGCACUACGGCGCAGCCGCUGGUGGAGGUGGAGCUGCAGUGCGGGAGCGCGUGUGUGGCGGCGAUUGCGGCGGCGCGGACCCCAAUCUGCGUCGUGUUCCGUGGCGUCACCCUCUGCUCCCCGGGCGUGGCAGCCAUGUCCCAAUCCAAGGAUGACAGCUCCUCUGCCGUGUCCACAGCGGAGCUGCCGAGCGCCCGCAACGCGACGGAGCCGCCGCCCGAGACCUCUGGCCCAUGGCGCCUGGGCGACAACCCAACCGCGGUGGCCAUCUUCUGCGUGGUCAUCGUCGUGGUUGUGGCGCUGGCCACCUACGGUGCCGUGCGCAUGAAGUUGGUGGCGCGCAGCCAGCGCCGGCGACAGGUGGUGCGCAGGGCAUCUGCGCUCCCGCUAAUGCGCAGCGACAGCCAGAUGAGUGAACCCAUGCAUCGCUUCAGCCGCCAGCCAUCGCAGGAGUUUGUCCGCCUUGCUCGCGCCAGCGUCAUGCGUGAUCGACAGCGCGUGGGAACCCUGGCCGGCGUCCCCGAAUACGACGAGUACGGCCACACAGACUCGGUGGCAUACUCCGAGAUGGGCUACUCCGACGCGGCCUGGGACAACGCCAGCCUGGCCUCCUCCAGCAUGCCAUACUCCGACGUCUACUCCAGUGCAUACUCAGACGCAUACUCCACGUACGCCGCAAGCGCCGCCACUGAUGCAACCCACAUGACUGCACAUGCAAGCACAACAACGCCGGCACCAGAAGCAUCAUCAUCAUCAUCAGCAGCAGCAGCAGCAGAAUCGCAGCAUCAACGUGUUGCUGCGCCACGGCCUGCCAGGGCAUUUGUGCCGGCCUGGAUUCGCGGUGCCGCCCACAAGCUGAGGCGACAGCACCAUCCGUCGCCCACCACCACAACAACAACAACAACGCAUGGACCGCCGCCAGCACCGGCACCACACCAUUCGCAACAACGCUCGGCGCAGCCCCCGACACGGCAGAGGCAAACCUCCAGAUUUCGUCUGGGCGACAACGACUACGACUACGCCGAGAACAUUGUCUCGGAGCUCUAAUCCAAGGAGUGGGUGAGCUUGUGACCGAGUGUGUGAGUGUGUGAGUGUGUGAGUGUGU